GCUGCUCCUGCCGCCGCCCAUAAAGGGGCCAGACGGGGCGGGCGGGCGCUGCCAGACGCAGGAGCCCUUCGGAGGAGAGGAGCAGCCGGCGGCCCGGUGCUGUGCAGGUGACACCCUCGAGGUUUGCCUCCUGCUCUCCCUCUCCUGACCGCUAGCCCUGAUGCUGCCUCGGACUGACUGGGGGCUUGCUGGGCGGCAGAGUGAAGGCCUGCUUUGAGGUGCUCCCUGGGCUCCCCCCUUUCCCGGCUUUCAUGGAUCUGAGGCCACCCUGGCUGCUGUUGUUGUGGACUCUGAUUGGGGCCCUAGCUCUCCUGGCCAGAGAAGUGCUUGGCCAGCACGUCUACACCAACACCUGGGCCGUCCUAGUCCCUGCUGGGCCACAGGAAGCGGAGCGGCUGGCCAAGAAGCAUGGAUUCCUCAACUUGGGCCCGAUCGUUGGAGACUAUUACCACUUCCGUCACCGAGGGGUGGCCAAGCGUUCCCUCUCCCCACACCGGUCCCACCACAGCUAUCUGGGCAGAGAGCCACAGGUGCACUGGCUGGAGCAGCAGGUGUCCAAGCGCCGGACAAAGCGGGACACCUUCCUGGAGCCCUCAGACCCCAAGUUCCCUCAGCAGUGGUACCUGUCCAAUGGGAACCAGCGAGACCUGAACGUGCGGGAGGCCUGGCAGCAGGGCUACACGGGGCGUGGCAUCGUGAUCUCCAUCUUGGACGACGGCAUUGAGAAGAACCACCCGGAUCUGGAGGCCAACUACGAUCCUGCCGCCAGCUUUGAUGUGAACGAUCAGGAUUCAGACCCUCAGCCGCGUUACACCCAAAUGAAUGACAACAGGCAUGGUACUCGGUGUGCAGGCGAAGUAGCUGCCGUGGCAAACAAUGGCAUCUGUGGUGUAGGUGUUGCUUACAACGCCAAGAUCGGAGGUGUCCGCAUGCUGGAUGGAGAGGUGACGGAUGCUGUGGAGGCCCGUUCCCUGGGCCUCAACCCCAACCACAUCCACAUCUACAGCGCCAGCUGGGGCCCUGAGGACGACGGCAAGACGGUGGACGGCCCGGCCCGCUUGGCUGAAGAGGCCUUCUACCGGGGCGUCAGCCAGGGCCGCAACGGGCUGGGCUCCAUCUUCGUCUGGGCUUCUGGGAAUGGCGGGCGCGAGCACGACAGCUGCAACUGCGACGGCUACACCAACAGCAUCUACACCCUCUCGAUCAGCAGCACCACCCAGUACGGGAACGUGCCCUGGUACAGCGAGGCUUGCUCCUCCACCCUUGCCACUACCUACAGCAGCGGCAGCCAGAAUGAGAAGCAGAUUGUGACUACAGACCUGAGGCAGAAGUGCACCGAGUCCCACACAGGCACCUCCGCCUCUGCCCCGUUGGCGGCUGGGAUCAUUGCCCUGGCACUGGAAGCAAACAAGAACCUGACCUGGCGCGAUAUGCAGCACCUGGUUGUGCAGACCUCCAAGCCCGCCCACCUCAACACCAACGACUGGGCCACCAACGGGGUGGGACGCAAAGUCAGCCACUCGUACGGCUAUGGACUCCUGGACGCCGGCGCCAUGGUGACUCUUGCCAGGAACUGGACCUCGGUGGGGCCUCAGCGAAAGUGUGUCCUGGACAUCCUCACCGAGCCAAAGGACAUUGGGAAGCGCCUGGAGGUGCGGCAGAAAGUGGAUGCCUGCCUGGGGAAGGCCAGCUACGUGGGGCAGCUGGAGCACGUCCAGGCCCGGCUCACCCUCUCCUACAACCGCCGGGGUGACCUAGCCAUCCACCUUGUCAGUCCCAUGGGAACCCGCUCCACCUUGCUGGCUGCCCGGCCCCACGACUACUCGGCUGACGGCUUCAAUGACUGGGCCUUCAUGACGACGCAUUCGUGGGACGAGGACCCCACUGGCGAGUGGGUGCUGGAGAUUGAGAACACCAGUGAAGCCAACAAUUUUGGCACCCUCACCAAGUUCACUCUAGUUCUUUACGGGACAGCUACCGACCCUCCCAGCCUCUCCAACCAGUUUGAGAGCAGCGGCUGCAAGACCCUGACCAGCAGCCAGGCCUGCGUGGUGUGCGAAGAGGGCUUCUACCUCCACCAGAAGAGCUGCCUCAAAACGUGCCCCCCUGCCUUUGCGCCCGGCACUGUGGCCCCCCCUCUGGAGAACAUCCUGGAGCCCCAGCUGAGCUCCCGCCUCUGUGUGCCCUGCCACCCAUCCUGCGCCACCUGCUUGGGCCCGGAAGCCACCCAGUGUCUGUCCUGCCCGGCCCACGCCCACUACAACAGCCAGGAGCAGACGUGCUCCCACCAGACCCAGAGCAGCCGGGCCUCACCCACCCUCCUCAGGGAGGGCGUACAGGUUGCCGGCGGCCCCUCCCGCUUGCCCGUGGUGGUGGCCAUCCUGAGCUGUGCCUUCAUCGUCCUGGUCUUCGUCCUGGUCUUCCUGGUGCUGCAGCUGCGCUCCGGGCUGUGCCUGCGCGGGGUCAAGGUGUAUUCGCUGGAGAGCGGAGGCAUCAUCGCCUACAAGGGGCUGCCUUCGGACGCCUGGCAGGAGGGGCCUGAGGAAGAAGAGGAUGGCGAGAGGACUGCCUUCAUCAGAGACCAAAGCACCCUUUGAUGAGCCUGCAGCCCCCCGGCGCAUCAGGGGCAGGACCAGGGGGCCAGAGGCUCUGCACCGGUCUGCUCUCUCACCCCCCCAUGGCUGGGUGGGGACCUUGGACAGAGGCACUCUGCGUGUGGGCCAGGAUGCUGCUGGAGGACAAGGCGCCCAGGCACCCUAGGCACUGGUUUUAACUCGCCAAAGUGAUUUUUUAAAGACUGAACCAGUUUCUCUGCCUGCCUCCACUGUGGUUGGAGGGGCAUCUGCGCGGGGCUGCCUUCCUCGCUGCUUGGGGAGGGGCAGGAAAAGCCCCUCAAGCCUUUGUCUCCAGGUAGGGGCAUGGCUGAGAGUGCCCCGUCCAGUGCGGGGCGGGGUGGGGGAUUAAAGUGGCACAGGCCCCCAGCUCCGUCGCCUUCUUUCUGCCCUGCCAGCAGCAAUAAGAGCCUGACUCCUCCUCUCCUGCUCCGUUCCGUGCCCUUCCCACUGAUCCGCGGAGCUUGUGCCACCGUUUGGGGCCUCUUCCUUGUGCAGCCGGCCACCUGCCUACCCAUGCCUUGGUAGACUGGGAGGUGAGCUGGGCUCCUCCUCCUCCUCUUCCCCUGCCCCCACCCGUGACAGUUGGGGCUGAGAUGGACGAUUGAUGCCAUGGGUGUGUCUCUUCAACCCAAGGCGGGCGGCUCUGCCCUCCCUCCUGCAGGAGCAGGAAUUCCUCUGGGGCCACGGGGAGGGGGCCUGGGGGCCGCGGCUGCUGCUUGACCACUGAGCUGUGCCCAGCCCCUCCCUGGAUCUGCCCAAAGUCACUGGAGCUUCCAUCUUUCCUCAUGUGCCUUGUUCCCCCUCCUCCUCUUCUUCUUCUUCCUCCUUGAUGACAAUCUGUUGCUGGUCCUGGGGUUGCACUGCCUGCCUCGCCUGCCUCUCUCCCUCCGGGUCUGUUCCCUGCUCUCUGCUGCUGGCGGAGGUGGAGGCUGUGCAGUUGUGGGCAGGGGAAAGAACGGGCUGCCCAGGACUCGUUUUCUAUCAUAACUUUUUUGGUGCACAAAUAAUUUCUUGUAAUUUAAACAAGGAGCCAAUUCCUGUGGCCAGUUGUUUUGUUUUUUUAAUUUAAUGGAUGUGGAUAUAACGCUAGAGAGAUUAAAGUUUAUUAAAUGUUGGAACUAUGCAAA